CACGGACAGCAGCAGAAGCAGAAGCAGCAGCAGUAGCAGUAGCAGCGGAUUCCGUCGUUGCCGAAAAUCAGAAARAGCGCAACCCAUCGAACGAUCGUCGAGGUGAGUACGCAAUCGUGCCUUGCGCAUUCGCGGGUCGAACAACCACGGUUUGUACGGGAACAAGGCUCUUUUCAGCCGGUGCACCGCGUUGCCUUUGUCUCGGCAGGCAGCGCACGGGACCCGUCCCCCCGCCACGCCGCAUCCUUCCACAAAACCACUCAUCCGCCUUGUUUCUCUCAUUGCCCCAACAAGAAAGCAAAACGCAACACAACACAACACAACACAACACAACACACUGCACGAACCAGAACCGCAACCAUGAACCCCUCAGCGAGCGAAUGGAAGCCCUCCGCGUCGGCGGCAUCGUGGACGCCYGGGCAGUCGUUCUCGAUACCGGCUCCCGCACCGGCGCCCGCCCCUACCCCGCCACCCCCCAAGGAGCAGGAGACCGGCGAGGACAUCGACGAGACCGAUCCCCUGUGGCAGGCCGUCCUGAAGAUUUCCGGCGGGGACAAGGCCGCGGCCCAGAAACUCAUCAACGACCCGGACAGCCUGACCAAGUAUCCGGAAGUCGUGGCCCUCCUGGGAGAGGGCGGCGGCGACGGCGACGCGAUGGAGGUCGACGACACGGAGGACGCCCAGCUCGCGGAAGCCGUCGAGACCAAGAUGCAGAUCGACAAGCCGGCGCCACCACCGGCACCCGCCCCGAAAAAACCGGCCGCCAAGGCCGCGCCCGAAAAGGCCGAGGAAGUGGUAGAGGUCGAGCCCGUGAAGGAGGGAGACCCCCGUGAGCACCUGAACCUGGUCUUCAUCGGCCACGUCGACGCCGGAAAAUCGACCCUUUCCGGCAGCAUUCUCUACAUUACGGAAAACGUCGACAAGAGAACCAUCGAGCGCUACGAACGGGAGGCCAAGGAGCUGAACCGCGAGUCCUGGUUUCUGGCCUUUAUCAUGGACACCAACGAAGAAGAACGCGCCAAGGGAAAAACAGUAGAGGUCGGAAAGGCACACUUCGAAACCGACGUGAAGCGAUACACGAUCCUGGAUGCCCCGGGGCACAAAAACUACGUCCCGAACAUGAUCAUGGGUGCGAGCCAGGCCGACAUUGGKGUGCUGGUGAUUUCCGCCCGAAAGGGUGAAUUCGAGACGGGCUUUGACCGCGGAGGACAGACCCGGGAGCACGCCAUGCUCGCCAAGACCCUCGGGGUGAGCUAUCUGGUGGUGGUCAUCAACAAGAUGGACGACCCCACCGUCCAGUGGGCGAAGGAGCGCUACGACGAGUGCGUGCAAAAGAUCCGGCCGUUCUUAAAGGGAUGCGGAUUUGUGAUAAAACGAGAGGUCAAAUUCAUCCCCAUAUCGGGACUGAAGGGAGCGAACGUCAAGGACGAGGUCGACCCAUCGGUGUGCCCGUGGUGGAAAAACUGUUGGCAGAGCGGCGAGAACAACACGAAGGUAUCGACGCUCAUUGGAUUGCUCGACUCUCUGGAAAUAUCCGGGCGCGACUCGACGGCUCCCCUCCGGGUCCCUAUUCUGGAUCGGUAUACCGACCGCGGUACCAUUGCCAUGGGCAAGGUGGAGAGCGGGGUCAUCCGUCCCGGAAUCAAGGUCACGCUUAUGCCCACGCGGGCGCAAUUCAAGGUCGAUUCGGUCUGGGCCAACGAGGACCCCGUCGCCGCUGCCCGUCCCGGUGAGAACAUUCUCGUCAAGCUCAGUGGAGCCUCGACCGACGACGUGCGCAAGGGGUUCGUCAUGUGUACGGAACCCGCCUGCAGAUCGGUGGACAAGAUCAUUUGCCAGAUUUACGUCGCCGAGAUGCCCGACAACACGAAAAUCAUGACCGCGGGUUUCCAGGCUAUGUUUCACGCUCACGUGUGCGAGGAAGAAUGUUCGAUUGCCAAGAUAUUUGAAACCACAAAUGCGAAGGGCAAGGUAGUGAAGGGGGCGCGCUUUGCCAGCGUCGGCAUGACGUGCAUUUGCAUGAUCAGUUUGGCACAGACCGUACCUGUCGAGACAUACGGCGAUUACCCCUUCCUGGGACGGUUCACUCUUCGUACCGAAGGAAAGACCAUAGCGAUCGGAAAGAUCCAAAAGCUCCCCCCAAAGAAAUCUUAAUUUACCGAGUGGAAGCCGGUAAUCGAACCUACCUACUUCUCAUAACAACAAACAAAUAUUCAUCAACUCUGUCUCUUCUGUAGUGGUACUUACGAUACGACUGCUACCAAUAAGCAUUGAUGAACUCA